AUGAAGCAUUUGCAUGGUGGAAGAAUGGGUUUGAAUUCCAAUACCCUUUGGGUCAUUAGGCUUCCUCCUUCAAUGGUUUUGUGCAUUCUAUCAAGGUCACUGUUUUUGGCUUUGGUUAUUAUUCUCACAUUGCCUUGUAUUUUCAGAGGUCCUGAAUCUAACAAUGGUUCAGAGGACUUGAAUUUGCUUUUCCGAGAUCUGGCUAGUGAAGACCUUUUAAGAAAGGGAGAUAAAGCUCUCAUUUUGAGCUCCGGAAUUGUGAGAAUGGUUCAUCAUUACAAUGCGAGUUAUGUGAUGGAUUCUGAUUUGGAGGGACAAAGGUCCAUCCCAGAUGAGACAUUUGAUUUUGUGUUCACAUUCACAUCAUCAAGUUUUGGGGACACUCUUAAAGUUGUGAAUCGUGUUAUGAAGAUUGGAGGCAUUUUGGCCAUUCUAUUGAACAAUAAACCCCCCAGUCCAAAUGGGUUUCGAAAACAAUCUAAUUAUAGGAUUUUGCACUCUUGGCGCUAUAAUAAUUCAACCAUCAUGGUAUUCAGGAAAGUUAUUCCUUUCAAUGAACAGCGGCAACUUUGCAAGUCAAAUGCAAUGAACUUCAUACAAGGGGGGCUUGAAGGUGUGUUGCUAGAGCCACCUAGAAGGACUCGAUGGAGAUCAACUCGGUACAAGAAGAAAAUCAAGUUCCUUCCUGACUUGUUGGGUGAUAAUUUGGAAAGUUAUAAGCGGAGAGUUUUCAUUGUUGUGGGUUUGCCUGAGAAGAAUGUGGCUUUUAUUGAAUGGUUUCAGCAGAAUUAUCCUAAGAGGAACCAAGAUUUUGAGGUUUACAAUUUUGUGCUGGUGCCUAAUAAAGAAGAUCCUCGUCGGCUGCGUGUUGAUUUUCCGGAUUGGUUAAUGAAUAAUGUGACGGAAGAAGUGUUUGUUGUGAUGAAGGCAGACGCAGAAGUGGUGGAGAAGAUGAUAAAGAGAAGGACAAUCUGUUUGGUGGAUGAAUUGUUUUUGGAGUGUAAGAACCACUGGUGGCGGCAGAAUAGGGAGAGAUAUGAAAGCAAGAGGCCUUAUUGGGAGUGUGUGGCUUUGUAUGGAAGGCUUUUGGAUGAGGGGGUUGCUGUACACCAAUGGUGGGGGGUUAGAGACUUAAGAAUUUAA